AUGGUUAGUCGAUCUUUGUUUGAACACUUGAUCAGAAAUGUAUUAUGUCAUAAGAACCUCCAAAUUCCUAGACACAAUGAUGAGCCAAGACUUGUUCUAUGGGCCAUUAGAGAAAUGCCUUAUUGCCAUGAAAAUAAUUUGGAGUUCACCGGAUAUUAUUGUGAGUGUGCCACUUGCAUCUAUCGCUCUAAGUAUCCACCAAGGAAAGGAGGGCCUAUCAAGUACCCUAUUAGCAUCAUGAAGCAACUCAACCCUCAUUUCAACCCUGAUUUCGACCCUCCUUAUGUGGAAGAUCAAGGCUUCAUCGCUCGUUUUUGGUCAAAUUUCUUUCAACUACAUGUACACGAUCCAAGGGUAACAUCAACCUAA